CCAAAAUAAGAGCCCUGAAGUAAAUGCGGAAGUUAUAAGUCAGUCUCUUAGCGGAAACAGAGCAGACGGAUUGUUGAAGUUCGCAGCUGAAAACUUGAUUUAUCUGAGAAUCUGAAGGAAACUGGAAGCUCCAUCAUGGCGACCUCUACGGUUUACGCUCCCACCACGGUCUCAGACCCUAAAUCCUCGUGUUUCACGGUUCCCUCAGACCUGCUGGAAAUGCCCCGCUUUAUCAUCAAAGUCUUACAAGUGGUUCUGUCCUUCUUGGCGUUCAUCCUGGAGGAGGUGGUGAAUAGCUGCCUUAACUGCACGGCGCUCUACUUCUUUGAGUUCGUCAGCUGCACGGCCUUCCUCUUCACCCUGCUGCUGCUCGUCCUCCUCUCCACAAACCUGCACUCUCGGGUGGGCAUCACCUGCUGGCCCAAACUGGACUUCGUGUACACCGCUCUCAUCGCUCUGUUGUUCUUCAUUGCCUCCAUCGUGUUUGCAGCUGAUAACGGAAACUCGACUGUAGAGCAGGUUGCUGUGGCGUUCGGUUUCCUGGCAUCCAUUGCAUUCCUGGCUGACCUUGUCUUGUUCAUGAUGAACCGCGGGUUCCCCUUAAGCAAGGACACAAAGUCAGCGCCCAGCGAUGGCGGUGCGGUGCCGGGCAACACUCCAGGAGAGACGGAGAAGCUGGCGCCGGCGGCCAACGGAAGAGAAGAAGUGUGAUUUAAAGUUGAGCACGCUGAGGUCAGAGAUAAUUCUACGCAAUAUUCCUUUAACCUGACGACGGGAGGCGGGGCUUCUGUGCUGACCUGACUUCUGUUUAUUAAAUCCUGAUUUUAGCCAUCGCUUCUCACAGAUAAGGACACGCCUGCCGUAGUUAACAAUGCAUAAAAGUACAACCAGUUCUCUGACAGUCUGGUCUACAGACCACAGGAACGUUCCAGCCUCGUUUUAAAGGAACAGUCUGGCAUUUUUAUCAUAAACUUAAACCCUCCUUCUGAAACACAUUUAAACUCUAACGUCACAUUAAAGGAUGAGAUGAAGAAUAGAGGCGUCAGGAGAAAAAUCUAUUCAUAGCAAACGAUAUUCAUUUCUAAGAUUCUGUCCAAAAACCAACAUUUUAGACUUUCUUCUGCCAUCAGGAUGAAGAGCCCCCCCCCACCCGUCUGCUCACCUUUGACCUUUCACUGCGAUGGAGGGAAGCUGUUUGAGCUUGUGUUUGAUAUUAGGGCUGUCAUUGGCUGAGGGGCGGGUUCACCCUUGACUGGUCACCAGCCAAUCACAGGAUGUGUAGCUCCACUAACACUCCAGCUUUUAAUACUAUUACUGACUAAUACCAGCCUACUAGUACACAACCAGGCAUUACUAAUAGAGCCAAGAGCGGUACUACUGAGUCCAGAACCAGCAUCAGGACUGGUAGAGCCAAGAGUGGUACUACUGAGUCCAGAACCAGCAUCAGGACUGGUAGAGCUACACAGGGUUCUCUAUCCCUGAUAUCAAAUGAACGCUCAAACAGCUCUCCAUAAUUCUGUUGUAGACACGUUUACCUGCUUCUAUCCACUCUUCUGCAGGAGAAAUAUCUAACCCUUUAAGUCAUGUAGACUCCAACAUAUCUUUGAGGGAGACUCAGGAUAAAAAAAUCUCGACUUUUACUUUUGAAACGAAAUCAUAAAAUGAAGGAGCAUGACACUAAAAUGACAAAACCACUAAAAACUCCCCCGUUUUUUUCUUUCUGAAGGAUUAAAUAUGAAUAAGAGCUGGUCAUUUAAGGUCUAUCACAUUCAAAAUAAAGGCCGUGUAAUUCUCUUUAUCUGAAAUCUAAAUGUGCCUUCAUGUUUUAAUGGAUACCAACGUUGCCAAAACUUCUAAAAAGUCUGAUUAUCUUUGAGUCUUUUUAUGUGAAGCAGCUUUAUUUCAGCGUUUUUGUUUAUUUCCCUUUUUCAGACAUGAUCGCUGCAGCCGUGUUUAAAUAUUGUUUUAUACACUUGAAGUUUUGUUUCUGUUGUUGAUUUCAGCGUUUUUCUGUUUUUGUCUGAACAUUAAAUCUCCCUGUUUGUUCCUCCUGACCCGCUGAUGAUGAAGGAAAUGUUGGACCAGUUUUUAAUCCCUGACCCAGUGAGGCCUGUGUCCAUGAACCCUCAGCCAUCACCAGGGACGGUCUGAUCUUUCCUCUUCCUCUCCCACCAUGUUGGCUGUGUUAGUGCAUGUGGGCUCAUUUUAUGUAACAGAGUUCCUUUCUAGGAAAAUUUUUCACUCAAAUUUCAGUUGCUCUAAAAGGUCAGGGAAACACUGAAACAAAUUUACUAGCUUUAAAGCCUUUAAGGACAAAAAUGUCCACUUGCAAAAAACUGCUAUAAAAACUUCACAGAUUCAUAUUUUUCUG